CGCACGCUAUAAGAAACAUAGUCCCGGUUACCUUGUCUGAAAUCUACCACUUCAAAGCAAACAUGGACGGUAUGGUGGAUGAAUUGCUUUAGGCCUGUCAGCUCUUUAGCUUGUUUUGCUAUGCGUGAUUCACCGUAAAGAUGAGUAGGAAGAAAUCUAAAAAUAACGAUGAUGAUGAUGUAUUUGAGAUGGGUCCAGGUGCCAUGGAUCUGGUGGAAAGACAACAGUCUCCGUCUAGUAUUCCAACAUUUAGUUUUACUAAUACGUCAGAUGAGGAUGAAGAAACACCAUCGGUUGAAGGAAAGAAAGUGAGCUUUCCUGCUGGUACCAUGGACUAUAACUCUGGUGGAUUAAAACUGGAUCCAAAAUACAGUACCAUACAGAGUUCUGAUUCAGCAGUUAGUCGAGAAUCGUCAACGGCCAUGUUUGGUCCGUAUGACAUGUGGUCAUCAGGGAUUAUACAGUUUUUAAUGUUAGGAGGGGAUGUCAAUGAUAAAGAUAGAUAUUAUGUGUGUGUACCAAAAGAAGCAUCUGUGGAUAAUAUUGCUGAUUUUAUUGCCUAUCGUUGGAAGAAAAGAUCACCAAAAGUUGUGUUAUCUCUCAUAACAAAUACCAAAUACUUUAAAGCAUGGAAAAAUGAAGUACAGGUUGAAGAUUUUCAGAGAGGAAUUAUUGAGGCAGCAAAUUUAACAGAAAUGUGGGUGUUAACAGAUGGGUUAGACAGUGGUAUGUCAAAAUUAAUUGGUAAUGCUGUAGCUGAAGAACUAGCUCGAAGAAGUAGUUUAGAGUUGGAUAAUUUACAUAUUGAAAAUACCUGGGUUCGAGAGAAACUACCCAAGUUGACUGUCAUCGGUGUUGUUUCAAAAUCAGAAAUAUCUUAUGGAAGCUAUUUGGAUGGAAAGCAUAAUGAACCUAAAUCCGUUGAAAAUGUUGGUCAAAAGCCACAUCUAGAUAGAUUUGAACUGAAUCCAGAUCAUACCCAUUUCAUCUUGGCCGAAGAUAUGAGCAAACAGGAGAUGAUUAAUCUGAGGUUUAAUUUAGAACAACGUUUUAUACAUUCUGUUGGUCGACCUAGACGUUACAGAAGAAUGCCAUCCAGCCAUACAACAAUACCUGGAAGUGACCCGGCAGUAAUAUUUGAUCAGAUAUUGAUAUUAUAA